GAUGCAGGCUUCCAUCUACAGAUCAGUGAUUUCCUAAUCAGAUGAAUUGAUUUACCCCGCCGUAUGUUUUCAUCUGGAGUAUUUUUGCUGUUGUACCCCAACAUGACAGGAAAAAGUUAGAAUAGACUAUAUUACCAGACAAAAGCUUGUGGUUCCUACCAGGCUACCGGUAUUUUAUAUGACUGGAUGAGGUUAUUGAAUACCACAUUUUUCUAGAUUCUGUUUUAACUUGAGUUGAAAGAUAGCAAUGGAAGGCGAUCUUUUCUGCAAUGUCAAGAGUUGUCGUAAAAGAUUAUCAAGUGGAACUGCGUGGGCGACGUCAUGCUCUCAUAUAUUUUGCGAUGAUGAUGGACAGAAAAUAAUCUCCAAAAGAAUCUGUACGGCAUGUUCGAAAGAAUUAUCUGGAAAACUUGAUAUUGUUCGCAUUGAUACAAAUCCGUCUGAAGCUUACCGAACAAUGGUUUUGGUUGGUCAACGACCAGAAGUUAUUCUGGAUGUUUGUAGCAGAGCUAUGUCAUCCUGGUCAUAUCAGAAUUACCAAGAACAGAUGCACAGGGAAUAUCUUCACAAUAAAGUAAUGGAAAAAUACAGCAAUCUCAAAAGAUAUUGUGAUCAGAUGGCAUCAUCUUGGGAACUUGAGGCUAAGGCAAUGAAAUCUCAACUUGCAAAUGCAAAAUCAGAAAUUGAAUCUGCAAAAAACUUGAACGUAGAGCUUGCAGAGAAACUGCGCGAAAAGACAAGGCAGUAUCAAAAGCUACUGACAAGGUAUAACGGGAAAAGUUCACUUAACCCGCAGUCUGAAAAUAGAUGUUCUCCGGCAUUCGAGGAUUGUGGUAUCAAAGACAGAAACAAAGAUUUUUUCUCAGCUUUUGACAUCCCUGUUGGUGGUUCUGCCAAUCAUUCUCCUAGACCUAGCACAUCACCGUUUGGCGGCCAAAUUCACCCCAGAAGCUCGUCGUCCACACCCAGAUUCAAUUUCAAAUUUUCUCAUUCAUCUACGCCCUUCAUUCAACGGGAAACUUCGGGAAUUUCAGCAGAGAACAUUGGCUUUCAGCGGAGCCUAUUUGGAUGGAAACAAGACAAAUAAUGCGAAAAUAUUAAUCAAUAUGAGUUUGUCCAUCAGCCACAAGAAUUUCAUAGAUGUAGCGCACCGUUUAAAUGCUCUGAACAUACUUAAUUUAGAUUAGUGUUAUUCGUUUUAAGUUCUGUUUCAACCCGUAUCUAUUUACUUCUUUAUUUCAGCAAUGUAUUUAUAGCUUUUUUGCGCUUCUGGUCGCCUGCGAAUCUUUCCACAUCGAUUUUCACUUUUAUUGGUAUGCUUAAAACAUCGCUUCGAGUAAACUUGUGUAAAUAAUGUAUACGCAGUCAAUGCGUUUCUUGUAAGUUUUUUGUUAGAUUUUUCAAAAAGAAGCAGCAAAUGUUGAGACUGCUUGUAAAAUUAUUCUUUUUCU